GGCACGGCAGUUUGACCGUCUAUCAGCGCGAGCUACGGGCGAGCUACAUGCAUACGGUAUGCGCAUUACAUGUAGGUAUGGAAAAAAAAUCCCAUAGAGAUUGUACACGGACUAUUUGUAUAUGAGUGCACAUGGUGAACAUCGUAAUGCAUGCAGACAGGGAAAUUCGAUAUUUUAUGGUUUCCUAAAUUUGUAACUCUUGUUGGACUAACACAAUCAGAAGAGGCACAUCUGGGAGGGAUUAAUAGACAGCAACAUGACAGAAGAAAGUCCCAGGAAAAGGGCAAGGCUGUGUGAGGAUGAGGUGGAUAGUCUUUGUAAACCUGAUCUGCAGGAACACAUCAAAAAACAGGAUGAAUAUAUAGCAGAGCUGGAGGCAAGACUAGAGAUGAGUGCUGCCAGUACUAGUAACAAUGGUGAUGGAGAGGACAAGCUUCGUCAUCUCAAGGCAGCUCGCCGUGAACAGCUUCUUGUUAUGAGAUUGACCACCAAGGAACAGGAACUACAUGAACUAGCUAAUCAGCUUGCAGAUAAGAAUCAAAAUGCGAGCACAGCACAGCUUCGAGCUGCCACUGUGGAUCCUGCUCUUAAUCUCUUGAUUCAACGUCUGAAGAAAGAACUGGAGGAUAAGACCACCAACCUUCAACAAGCUCAUGAGGAUAUGGCUGCUUGGAAAUUCACUCCUGACAGUCAAACUGGGAAGCGUUUGAUGGCUCGUUGUCGUACACUGAUCCAGGAGAACCAAGAGCUUGGUAAACAAGUAUCUCAGGGAAAGGUAGCCCAAGUGGAAGCAGAACUAGCUCUGCAGAAAGAAAUCAAUGAAGAACUCAAGAACAGCCAGGAUGAGAUGUACGAGAUGGUGAUCCAACUGAACGACGAAGGGGAGGGCAUGCAGAGUACCAUCGUAGCACUUCAGCAAGAACUCAAAGAGAAAAAGCUGGAAAUUGCCAGAUUGACUUAUGCUGCAGAGUCUGCCGGGAUACUACUGACCCCCGACUCGGUAGCCGACAUGAAACAUGAACCUCAGCUUGAAGACAAUGAGGAGCAAAACAUGCAGCCGGUUAGUCCAACAAAUAUGCAAGAAAGCACAGAGGGUAAGCAUGUAGAACCUUGUAAAGAGCUUGUAGACUAUGAAGAAGAAAAGAAGGAGGUGGAGGAGGUGAUGAUGGAGGAGAAGAAGGAAGAGGAGUCAUUUGAUAAGCAGAUACCUGAUGUGAGAACUACAGAAUACAUAGAUGAAGAGACACCAAUGGAGGUGAUGUCCCCGCAUGAUCAAGGUCCGGUGGAAAAUAAGAGUUUGUCUGUGGAACCUUGGUGCAACCCAUCCCACUUCGUCGAGUCUCCUGCUAGCCCGGUUGAGGAGGACCGCCGUAGUGCAGCUGAUGAACCUGUCAUCGGUGAUGCAGAUUUCAGGACAGAGGCGCCGUCCCAGGAGACGUGCGAACCACCCAACCCUGCGGCGGAAGGCGAGGAAAUCCCUAAAUUCCAAGGAGGGAAUUCUGAAGCUCCAGACUCCAAUGGUCAGUUGUUGAUUGGAGAUAGCCCUUCAGAACAGGAGCAAGUGGAAAGUACAGACUUCAGAGACCUUGUGAAGGAGGAAGAAGCGCAAGUCAGGACUCCAGUGGAGGAAUCUUCUCAGGGAAGCUUACAGAGCGAGGAUGCUCCCGAGAUUGAUGCUGUCAGUUCAAGGACGGGUGGCGGGUCAGGAACCCUGACCCCAGAAUUCAGUACGAAUGGCGAUGACAGCCAUUCUGAACCCCUUCUUUUCAUACCCCAAAAUAACGGGAAACGAUCCGAUCAUGGGAGGUUGGGGGAGAGUGAGAAUUGUGAUUAUGACGAUGAUAAAGAAUCAAACACCUUGGGUAGAGAUCAUAGUACUUUCGGGGCUGCUAUUGAGGGAGAGUUCAGCAGCAGUCUCGACGAUGAAUCCGACAAACAAUCCGAAAUUACCGACAAACAAUCUGAUAUUUCUGAUAAACAAUCCGAUGUCACUGAUAAACAGUCAGACAUCACCGAUAAGCAGUCUGACGAAACGACUAUUGAUAAUAAUAACGGGCUGUCUAACCCAGGGGACGGAAUAGAUAGUAACUUGUCUAGUCCUCAAGAAGAACAAAAUUGUGUGUCGGAUGGGGAAUUUGUAAGGACGACAGACAAUGUGAUAAACAAAUCCAUCAAUUCAGUUUCAUACAGUAACAGUCCAGAUGAAAGGACUGAUUUAGAACAGUGCGAAGAGAUCCCUUCCGCUACAAACUCUAAUCCCGAAGAGAUUUCUGUCUGAGUCAACAAUCGCACUAGUAAAUCAAGCUUAACUUCACAAACUUCAGACAGUGUAUCAUAAAAAUCUAUGUUCCCUGUUCAGCCUCAUGUUUUUUUUUAUGUUUAAUGAAAGUAAUUGUAACUUGUGAUAUCUUUGGUGCACUUACAGUAUCUUCUUUUUCUAUCCUUGUCAAGAAAAUAUAAAGUCAUGUUUUCAGAGAUGCCAACCAAUGAUCCUGUAUUGAAAUGUAAGCUGACAGAUAUUUAUUCUGUAAUUCUGCAUUUGUGUCAUUGCUAAUGAUGGAUGUAAAUUGCAUGGUAAAAUAAGAUUUGUUUCACCUUAAGUUUGCAUUUUACCCUUUUUUCAAGGGGAAGUGCUUAACAUUUGUGACAAAGUGAACGCAUUUUUUGGUUGUGGUUGAAUAGCGUCAGGUAUAGAGCCCAAAAGUCUGUAUACAUGAGAAGAGUGAAAAGUCCGGAUACAUAUUAUGCCUAUUUCUGUUGCAUCAGUGUCCUUAAUCCUUUGCUAAAUGGUGUUUACAGGGAAAAAUAAAUCAUUGAAAUCAUUCUUGCACAUUGUCAAAUUUCCAACUUGAAAACAUAUUCUUUAUUGAUAUCCAUUUAUUUCAGACUUAAACUUAAAAAAGAGGAUAAAAUGCAGUAUUAGGAAAUAUAAGUAUA